AUGUCCAGCGACCCGGUUCCUCCCGAACGGCAGGUCCUCCGCUUCCGGCGUGUGCCCAGGCGCUGCGGUGCUCUCCCCGUGCACCGUCGCUUUGGCCAUGACCCUCCGGGUGCCCGCGAGCUUGCAGGAGAGGGAGCAGGAACGCUGAGCUGUGCCGAGCCUGCCGAGGGCCCUGUGGUGACCGUGAAGUCAGGGGACCGGGUUCUGGUCAAGUCUUUGUGUUCGGGUUGCCUGGACACUCUGCGGCUCCUGACCCCCUACUGCUGGUUGUCGCUGGGCAGACUCCACCCAGUGGCCCUGGACUUAUCAGUUAGUUGGUGGACGGUGCUGCUGGUGCUGCUGGUCCUGGUGCUGGUGCUGCUGGUCUUGCACUUGGUGCUGGUCCUGGUGCUGGUGCUGCUGGUCUUGCACUUGGUGCUGGUCCUGGUGCUGGUGCUGGUGCUGGUCCUGGUGCUGGUGCUGCUGGUCUUGCACUUGGUGCUGGUCCUGGUGCUGGUGCUGCUGGUCUUGCACUUGGUGCUGGUCCUGGUGCUGGUGCUGGUGCUGGUCCUGGUGCUGGUGCUGCUGGUCUUGCACUUGGUGCUGGUCCUGGUCCUGGUACUGGUGCUGGUCCUGGUGCUGGUGCUGCUGGUCUUGCACUUGGUGCUGGUCCUGGUGCUGGUGCUGGUCCUGGUGCUGGUGCUGCUGGUCUUGCACUUGGUGCUGGUCCUGGUGCUGGUGCUGGUGCUGGUCCUGGUGCUGGUGCUGCUGGUCUUGCACUUGGUGCUGGUCCUGGUGCUGGUGCUGGUGCUGGUCCUGGUGCUGGUGCUGCUGGUCUUGCACUUGGUGCUGGUCCUGGUCCUGGUGCUGGUCCUGGUGCUGGUGCUGGUGCUGGUCCUGGUGCUGGUGCUGCUGGUGCUAUUUUCUGUGUCCGCGGCGGCACCUCCAGGUCCCCCUUUGCGGCUGCGUGGGCAGUUUGCAUUUCUGCGUAUAGCACAUGAGCUUGGCCUCAUCUCCCUAUCUCACAAGUCCAUCUUUAGCUGCUUGGAGGAGCCCGUUUCUCUUUGAGCUCAGUUCCCCCAGACUGCUGCCAGAGCUGACCCUCUAUUUAUUUGCUUAUUUUCGCUGGGCCCCUGUGGUGAUUGACAGCACAUACACUCAUCCAGGGGCUAGGGGUGCAGUGCUGCCCUCCCAACGACACAGACACCACAAGCCAGCGUUCCUAGAGAUGGCUUAUUGCCGUGGACCUGUUCCCUAACAGGGGAGCCCGGGUCCCCUGGAGUCUGCACGGGCUCAGCUGAGGGAAGGGCUGUGACUCAUUCUCCAGGCUGAAUCUGCAGCCCAGGCUUCUCAGCAAACAGCCAUGAGAUUGCUUCAUGGCUGGUGUUUAUUAAUGUCUGGAAAUGUGCCUGGUUAACCUUCCAAUCCGGCGAGGUGGGUGUGGUGCCCCUUUUCUGUAUGAAGAAACUGAGGCUCAGAGAGAUCCAGAAAGCUUCCCAACUUAUCACUUAUCUCUGGAGAGAGCAGAGAAGCUGGUACACACACUCCAGUCUGUUAGCCUUCAACGUCCCUUUGCCUGCUGGGCCAGUGGUUCUCAGUGUGUGGGGAGCUGUUCAAGAUGCCUUUAGGUUAUUGAGGGGCAGGCUGACUUAAAAAAAAAUAAUUCUUUUAUAUUUACCUUCUCUUGAAUUAGAAAAAGAUCACAAUUGACAGAGGAGACCUGUUAUUUUGCAGUUAUCACAGCGUAGGGCUUAGAUUUUUGAGUUUAAAAAAAGGGCCAAUUUUGUAAAAAUAUUAAGGUAGCAGCAAGUAAACACAGCCCUCUUGAAGAGGGCCGAAUUUGGAGUGCAGUCCUCUGUAGUUUGUGCCCCUCCGGCUGCAUGGCUCUGGCCACACCCCCGGAGACGGUGUCUCUCUGCCCCUGACCCGAGUGGGGUCUACGCUCUGCUUCAUGUAGGAACAUGUCUGCGCCGUAGUUCACCGUGAUCCUCCCUAAAUCCAGAAGAUGCACGAUGAAGGGACUACACAGCUCAGUCUGAAGCUAGAUGGAGAACAAAAAGAAUCUCAGAACGAUAGGACUUUAUAAUCCUAUAAUUCUGCUCGAAUUGACGGCAGCCUCUGAUCAUGGCAUGGGCAAUUCAUUAUAUUUAUUGAGCACCCAAAGUUUUCCAAUCACCUCCUCUAUUACUGUCUGAGGUUGAAUUAUGAAAUAGUAAAUAUUCCGCCUAUGAAGUCCAUUGGUGACUCAUUCACUCCUUUUUUCACUCAUUUCUCCUCGGUAAAUAGGGAAUAAUAUUAGCUACCCCAUGGGUUCAUUGUGAGAAUUACAUAAGAGAACAUAUUGAAGGGCUUAAUUCAGUGCCUGACAUAUAAUAAGCACUCAGGGAAUACCAGCUGUUUUUAAAUAAAAUGUUGAAAUGGAGUUAGAAAAUCAAAAUCUGUAGGCAUAUAGAAACAAGAGCAUUGAGGAUGAGUGAGUUACUAAAAUUUAACAUUAAAUUUUGCUCUGACUUCCUAGUUAGCCCAACACACUGGGUGGGUUCUGUUUGUCUGUGUAUGUCAAGGGUUGGCUGACUUUUCUGUGAAGGGCUAGGUAGUAAAUAUUUUUGGCUUUGUAGGGCACACAGUUCUGUCACCACUAGUCAGUUCUGCCUUUGCGUCCGGAAAGCAGGCAUAGCCAGUAGGUAAAUGAAUAGGCAUGGCUGUGUUCCAAUAAAGCUUUAUUUAUAAGGACUGGCCCUCGGCCCAUAGGUUGUAGUUUGCCCCUUGGUCUAAAUGAGGGAAGACUGUUUGUCAUUGAAAAAGAACAACUUCUGGAUUAUAAACACUGAGAAAAAUUUGUUACAAGAUGUAGUCUUUUUUUUUUUAAGAUUUUAUUUUUAAGUAAUCUCUACACCCAACGUGUUGGACUUAGAACCUUGAGAUCAAGAGCUGCAUGCUCUACCGACUGAGCCAGCCAGGUGCCCCAAGAUGUGGUCUUUAUAUGAAGCUUGUUAAACAGUGUACGGACAGUGCUUUCAUUGGGUUUUAUGGAAAAUACAGAAGACUUUGGCAUUGCUAGUUCUUUUACCAUGUAUUUGGCAAACAUUUAUUGAGGCCUUACUAUAUCUCAGCCUCUGAUGUUGACCCAUCGUGGAACAUAAAGGCACAUGCAUUUUGGCAGGGGGUACUGCAUUAGCAAGGGGUCAUCUCAGCAAUGAUGCAGGGAGGUCAGCUUAGAUUGUUUGCGGUGUCGGAUGCACUGCCCAGUUCCUGAAUUACACACAGGCCUUAGUGCUAAUGUAAGUGGUCUGCCUGGGUUCCAGGCCCACCAGCUGCUCAGCAUCCUACCUCUCAAAGCAGAUGGGAGUGUCAGAUGAGAUCCUUGCCCUCUUAGAGUGAUACCUGCAAUUACUGGAAGAAUGUGGUCUUUAGAGCAAAACACAACCAGGUUUUGAAGGAGUGCCGUUCCAUAGCUGUGUGACCUUGCUCUAGUUCCUAAACCUCUCUGAACCUCACUUUCUUUAUCUGCGAAGUGGGAACCAUGACACUGCUGAAUCUCUAGUUCUUACCUCAGUGUGGUCAGCUAAUAUUUACUCUCUGAAUGUUAGUUCUUCCCUGGGGGGGGCCUGGUGGCUGCUGGCCUUACCUCUCCCUUAUCCCAGGAAACCGGGUCCUGGCUUUUCAAGCUGGAGCCUGUGGAUGUGAGGAUUUCAGCCCCCUUCUCUCCGGUGAGUGUUCAGGGUAAGAAGGCUUGAGAAAACACUGGCCUGAGGAAUUCCGAAGUUAAUGAAGGGAGCGGAUUCCAGAACGGUCUCUGCUUGACCUCCCACCCUUUCUCCAACCCCCUGUUAUCCCUGAGCGAGUUUGGAGGCAAUCAAAGGAUUAUAGCAACUGCAUAAAACAGCUCUCACGCGGUGGGGCAGGACUGUGGCCUUGGCCACUGGGCCAGGGCGGGUGACUCUGAGUCUUCCUUAUGGUGCCUGGUUAACCUGAGAAGGUCAUUGGGAGCCACCAGGGUGGGCAAGGCAGGCCAUCAUGGGAGAAGGAGAGCAUAUUGGACCAAGUUGGAGGGAUAAUUGUCAGCUAUAAAGGUGGGGGGGAGUAAGGGGCUGUGUGAGAAAUUCGAAAGACCCAGGUGCCUUUAUUUAUUUAUUUUUAAAAGAUGUUAUUUAUUUAUAUAUUUGACAGAGGGAGGGAGAGAGAGAGAGAGCACAAGCAGGGAGAGCAGCAGGCAGAAGGAGAAGCAGGCUCCCCGCCAAGGGAGGAGCCCGAUGCGGGGCUCAGUCCCAGGACGCCGAGAUCAUGACCUGAGCCGAGCGCAGACGCUUAACCGACUGAGCCACCCAGGCACACCGACCCAGGUGCCUUUAAAAAAAAAAAAAAAGGAAACUUUUUUCCCCUUAUUCUGACAGAGGGCAGGCUCUUGUUGACUGAUACAGUUUCCAGACGCGUUCUCCAUUUCCGGCUAAUGGAAACUUCAGGGGAAAGGCUUUGGAGCCCAGAGCUGGGCAGGAAGAUUGCUGUCGUUGAUGGGCUGCAUUGGCUGAGGCUCGCUGGCUGCUCUCUGGGUAGUGGGUUAUUUCCUCUGGUGGGUGGGGGCUGGGGAUGCUUUGUCCCCUUUCUUUUUCUGGUCAUAUUGCCUGGUUUUGCAGGACAGUGGCUGGGGGUGGGGGUCUUUCCCUCUCAUGUCUGUGUCUGCUCUGUCUGCCGCCGUCUUAUGACCCCUCCCCCCCCCCGCCAUGGGGUGGGGGUUCUGGGGAGAGGGGGUCAGCUCUACCUGAUUACCAGGAACUGCCCUGACCCUCCCCUCCCCUGCCGGAGCCUUAUCCGGCUGCAGCCAGAGCAGCUCCUCUGGUGAGCUCCCUGGGGUUUAGCAGGAGACAGACAAAUAAACAUCAGCCAGGACCAGCUCCCAGCUUUCUGCGCACCCAGGGGCCCGGACACUGUGUUGCAUUUCCAGAGAACGGGAUGAUGCUCAUUGUAAAAAGAAUUUUCCUGAUGGAGAGAUGCUCUAGGGAGGUUGUCCGGGAACGUUAGAAAGUCAAGGACCAUGUGUAUGUCCUGGGGCUUCCUGGCUGUGUGACCUUGGGGGGGACACUUGGUCUUUCUGGACCUUACUUUCCUCCUACCUGGAGCUGGUCCUUGUGAAAAUUAUGUGACCUGAGAUGUGAAGUCUGGCCAGUUAUGAGUCCCCGCCUCUGAACCUGACACAGAGUAAACCCUGAACUUAAGUCCGACUUGCCAGUAGGUUCCUUUUGUGACUGCCCUGUUUUCCAGUUGUUGAGUCAGCUCAGGCGGUUCCUGGGACUUCUCUGAGGCUCCAGCUCCUCGUCUUUCGAUGAGGUGGUGGUCCAUGUUUCCUGUCCCUCAUGUGCUUGUUGAAAGGACCAAAGGAGUCGCCCCUGGGAAAGUGCCUGAGAGCCGGCCCGCAUGGCUGUUGUUGGACUGUCAUGGCUGAGCCUGAUCUCUUGCCAGUGGAGUCUGGAGGUGACACAGAUGAUGGGUUCGAGCACAUUGCUCAAGGUUAAGGCCAGGUGUGUUCGGGACGCGGGCGGCCCAGCAUCCCUCGGAAGCCAUGCUGGGAUGCUGGGCACACUGUGAGGGCCACCAGCUCUGCUCUCCUCUGCUUCCCGAGUCCUUCAGACUGACUUGCCAGGCUCUAGAACCUGCUCGGAUUGGGGGAUUGUUUGUCUCUUUGCAUGAUAUCCAGAUCUGAGGCCCAAAACAAGAAGCCGUAGAGGGUCAUUUAACAGACUCCCCCAUUCCUACCCCAGGAUUAACCGGGCUUAAAUGAGGUGGCGUGUGUGCUUUGGAUCUUGGUUUCUGAAGAAAUAAGAACAAUUUAGAGAUACAGUGGAAGCCUGUGGGCUCUCCGCUCCCCUUCCAGUUCCUUCCCUUCCCAGAAGUACCACUCUUCUGAACGUGGGCUGCAGUCGGUCGCGCCUCACCCUUUCUUACAGAUCUGUUCGUUCCUUCAUGCUCCUCCUGGUGGAUUUUGGGUCCUUUCCAGGUUUUUGCUACUGUAAACAGUGCUGGGGGCAGCUUCCUUGCACACGCAUGUGUGGAUGUCCCCAGGGGCAUGAUGCACGGGGACGCACACUUUCCGCCUUGUCAGGCGUAGCCCUGCUGCCAUCCCGUUGGGACCCCCUGCAUGCUGGCGGCGGGGGGGGGGACCCUCCCUGCGAGCUGGGGGGCUCUUUGAGUGAUGCUCGCCCUGCGUCCCUGUGUCCGGUCGGCAGUGCCUGGUAGCAGCACCAGCUCCCUACUUGUAGAAUGAGGUGAAUUCUGGAAGGAGAUGAGGUUGGCACGGAGGGCAGGACCAGAGUCAGGGCAUCAAAGAAGCAGUGCCACGGCUGCCCCCUGCCGAAGCGUGGGCAGCAGAGAGAAGAAAAGAAGUGGGGGUGGUGGAGAAACGGGCGCUGAAAGCUGAAGGGGUGGCUGGGCCAGGCGUCACUAGGCUGGCUCUUGGGGGACUGGAUGAGGCCACGUCUGUGCAGGUGUGGACAGCCGAGGAGGAGCUGGGGACCCCACUGUGGGGGACGUGGGUGUCACCGAGACCACCGUGGGAGCCAGUCUCAGCCAGGAGGGGGCUUGGUUUCCAGCCAAGCCUGUGUCUCAGGGACAGUAAAGGAGAGUAGGGUAACAGGGCCGUUUGUGGAUGGCGUGGAGAAGAAAGUGCUGGAAGGAAGAUCCAUGCUGAGGAAAAGCUGAGAGAAACGAGAGCAUGAGAGAGGGUCAAACACAAAGUGAGAGCCCUCUCCCCCCCGUUUUUUGAAUGAAUUAGAAAUGGAAAAUUUGGGUUUGGUAAGGGGAAAAUAAUGUGUAUACUGUGAAAUAGCCUGUUUUCUUCUUCUUCUUUUUUUUUUUUUUUUAAAGAUUUUAUUUAUUUAUUUGAGAGAGAGAGAGAGAGAGAACAUGAGAGGGGAGAGGGUCAGAGGGAGAAGUAGGCUUCCCGCUGAGCCGGGAGCCCGAUGUGGGACGCUGGGAUCAUGACCUGAGCCGAAGGCAAUUGCUUAACCAACUGAGCCACCCAGACGCCCUAGCCUGUUUUCUUCUUAAACCUUUUCUCUGAUGGUAACACGAAUAAAGGUCUUUGGAGAAAAUAUAGAAUAUAUAGAAGGGCAUAAUGGUUGAAAACAGUGUCCAUGAUGCUCCACUGGGAGCAGCCCCUGCUAGUCGUAGGGUGACCCACUCGCCCGGGUUGUUCCGGGGUGUUCCUGGUGGCAGCACUGGAAGCCCCACCUCCUGGGACUCGAUGGCCUCCUGCCGUCCCUGGGGCACGCGUGGCUUGAGGGGUCACCAGGCCCUCCCCCUCCUGCUUUGUAGGUGGGUGCCCAUGCCUCCCACCUGCAGGCCUCGUGGGUGUGCCGAGCAUCCCUGUCUCUGCUGGGGACGGGGUGCAGGCCACCACGUGAUGCCCGGGGGUGAGGUCCAGGGGGAGCCUCACCUGGAGAAGAGAAUGCGCAUUACUUAAGUGUCUGGAGGGCAGGCAGUUCCUAACAGCCCUGUAAGGUCUUUGCAUUUGGCUCGUCUUUGUCAAGCACCUACUAAGUGCAGGGCACCGUGCUGAGAAAUCGAGGCCCUGUGGGUUUGUCGAGUACAUAUUUGCUUCCUUUUGGUAGUUUUCGUGGCUUCACGUUAUUCAGUCACUGUAGCAGCGCCGGGAGAGGCUGUUGCUGUCACCCCUGCCUGUUCUGCAGGUGAGGAGCGGAAGGGCAGGUUAGCGCACCCCCCCCCUGGGGGGGGUACCUGACGCCAUGAUCUAAGUCUUCUGGGUCACUUCAUAUGCAACAGAGUGUGGUGGUUUCAGGGGGCCUGGCGCUAGUCUUGGUCCUUUCAUUUGCUAGAUGGGUGGCCUUGGGCCAGUUACUUAACUUCCCAGCUGUAAAGUGGGGUCAUCAUGGCUCUUCUGUUGAGGUUGAAUGUUUGUGUCUUCCCCACGUUUUUAUGUUGAAGCCCUAAGCCUCAGUGAUGGUAUUCGGAGGUGGGAGCUUUGGGAGGUGAUAAGGCUCAGAGGAGGUCAUGAGGGUGCCCCCCACCUCCCCGCCCGCAGUGGGGCUAGUGUCUUUGCAAAGAGGAAGACACAGAGAUCUCUCGUUUUUAUGCUUACACUCCAAGGGGAGGCCAGUGGUGGCAGCUCUUGGGAUGAGCUGGGUCCUUCUUCCUCCCCUUGUGAGCGCCUUUCCCGCCCUGCCUUCGCGCACCGACCGUGUGUUAGGGCAUUCUUGCAAAAAGCCUCAAGAGCCAGAGCAAGACGAGAAGAAACUUGUUGGCUGCUUGCCUGCAGGCUGAAUGAAGCCCUUCCUGGGGUUUCAGUAGCUCUCUAGUUAGCACCAAAAUAAACACCUCCCACUGGCGUGGAGGUUCCCAGGUGACAUUGCAUUUUGGAUUCAGGGAGCCCUGGCGUGUUGCAUCUUCCUGAGGAUGUAUAACGUUUAGAUAGCAACAAAGGUAAAAGGGAAAUUCAGGCUUGGGCAGGGCAGGCUGUACCCCUUUGGUGUGAUGAGUGGGUGAGACAUGGCUUAGGGACACUUCUGAUGUCCUGUGUUCCCAGGUUGUUGUGAUGAGAGGGGCAUCAGCAGGCAAGGGGAAACUGUUUUGCUGCCCAGAGAAGCCAGUGUUCUCCUGAUGCUUCCAUGGUCUAGUGUUUGAGUCUUAUUCCCGUCCGUUCUGUGUGAUGGGAAGGUCUUGGGCAUCACGUCAUAGAGGCCGUGGAUGUGUAGACAUUGGUUGCACGGUGUUUGUAUGUUAUUUACCCUUUAUUGAAUGGCUUUUAUGUGCCAAAACUUAAAUAAAGCUUCCAGCAACCCCAAGAGGUAAAUGCUGUGGGACUCUCAUCUCACUGCUCUGAGAACCGAGGCUUGGACAGGUUAGGGCACCCAGCUAGUGAGGCCGAAGCUGGGAUUCUGAGCGUCCCUGGGACUCCCAACCUCGUUCCCCAGGCACCUGCUCCCUGCCCCGAAAAUGUCACAACCUAUCACGUGAGAUGCCAGGACUCUGGUCCCAGAUGGACAGAGGGGGCCCUGGGGGAGGCUGGAUCUUUGCACCUGAUGGAAUGGACCCUAGCCUGCUAUAUUUACAGUCCCGUUCUCCUGAAGGGACUCCAGAAGUCAACCACUUUGGGGGGGUGGUGGUGGUAGUGACAGGGAGUUACACCCCAGCUCUGCUGGUUUGCUGGGUGCACAUGGGCCUGGGGGCCAUCAGGGAGAAGGGGGUUGGGGCAGGCAGGGCUGGUGGGCAGAAAAAAACCUACUACAGACAAUCCAGACUGCAUUGUGGAUGGACUCGUGGAUUAUUACAGAGGCUCAAAUGACCAGAUUUGGGUCAGUAAGCCUGGGCUGCAGAAAGAGAAAUGUGAAAUCUUUAUAUUUUUCCAUGAAGUCUUCAUCAUUUUAAAGGACCCUGUUUUCUUGGUUACCCCUCUAGGGAUGGUGGGUGUGGGGUCUUCCCAGCCAGAGAUUUGUGGCAGUGGUGAGGAGGGAGGGGGUGGUGGGGCCGGGGUGGGGUGGGGGCGGCAGGGACUGAUGGAAAGGAAGAACAGGAUAGGAGUGUGCACAUUCCACACCCAGCUUGUUCCUGGUUUAACUUUCUCCCCGAGAGAGAACAAGGGGCCGAUUCACGUGGCCCGAGUGGCUUCCCUCAACCCGGAGCCGGAGCCGGGUUCCUGUGCCUUCCAGUGACUCAGGAGGAAAUUCCAUCACGCAUCAUUCAUGCCAUUCUCUAUCUUCAUAUUGUGGCUGCCUCAUCUUUCUGGAAUUUGCCUUUUUUCUUUCUUUUUCUGGGGCAUCUGGGGAGGCAACAUAUGGUAUGACUCCAGGAAGCACAACCCAGCUUUGGUCUUCAUGCGCGGCCGCCUCCAGGCGUCCCGGGCCUCGUGUUCCGGGGAUGGUCGGUGUUCGCAGCGUCGGGCCUGGUGACUCGUGCACGGUGUUCCUGUUGUCUUCGGGGCUCCGCACCCGGUUCUCCACCCCCUGGGGGGACCUCUAGUUCAACACUCCCAUCAUCUGGGACCUUGAGAUUGCAUCUCUUGGGAUGGCCGGCUUCCUGGCGUGCUUCCCUGGAUGGAGGAGUCACCUGAGGUGUCUGGACCCUGGCGUGCGGCCGUGGGGCCCCUGCCACGAGGAGGUGAAGCAGGCCACCGUCACCAGUGCGGAGAGGGGACGGGCGUUCUGAUGGGGUGCUUUCUGCCUCGCCCAGUGCCCACCGAUCUUGGCUUUAGACCCAGCCUCCUCUGGCUCCCCCCGCAGAAUCCUGUCAUACCUCGGAUUUUGGUGCUGUAAGUCUGAAAAAUAGACAUAUCCAUUUGGUACUGUAGAGGGACUGUCCUUCCCUGAACUAAAGCUGGGCCAUUUGGGGAUUUGGAGAAUAAAGGAUGACCUGGGAACCAUGUACACUGGGUCCCCUGUGGCCAAGGGUCCCUUCAUGGUGUUGAUGAGGCGUAGAGGUUGUCAGGCUGUGAUUUUAGCAGAGUCCUGAGCUCCGGUGGAGAUUUGCCUCUCUCCAGCCUUGGGCUAUCUGCAUUUUUGAACAUCUCAGGGCCCAGAAGGAAAAGAAGAAUGUUGACCAGCUCUAGGAAUGGCCUGAAUGAAGAGAGCCUCCAGUCUGCAGAGGAGAAGAGACACGGAGCAGAUUCCGAAUUCACACCUCUGUGGAGCUGAGCUCGGACAUGCCCUCCUGGUACCAGCCGGCCCCUAGCUGAUGGCAGACACGUGAGUGAGAGGUCCUGAUCUUCCCACAUACGAUGGAUUGCAGGGAAAAAGAAACUUCCUGGCCUGCCGGAUACCAACUUGAAGGAAGUAGCUGGCUUUGGUGGGGACAAGGAAACAGACCCCCAAUGACAGCAAUAGCCUCUCACCAGGCUUCUGCGUUAACGGAGGAGCUGCUGGGCGGCUGUGGGACACGUUGGAGGUGUCGGCUGCAUCACGAUUCCUGGCAGUGGUGGCCUCAGUCUGCAAACAGCCUGCCCAACACGUUGGAAACCUUCUCUUCUACAGAUCAGGCUAGAGAACGUAAUCCCAGGAGACCAGAAAACACUUGACAGAGGUAACACUGACCCAGAGAGGAUUGAAUCCUUGUGCCCAGUGACUAGAAGACCCAUGAACCUGGAAAAAGGAGCCUAGAAGAUCACCAUGUUUCCCCCACAUAGGAGAACACCCACCCCCUCCCGCCCCGUGCCCAUUACAGUGAUUUGGUCACUGCCGAGCUAUCUUCGUUUAAUGUGGUUUUGACAGAAUAGUUGGUCUGGAGAUUUUAUUUUCAAUUAAACUUCCUUGUUGAACUGCUUUGGUUUUGAAAGGAUUCCAUUAGGAUGGAUAAUUAUAUAGCAGUUGCUACAAGGAGAUAUUUGCGCUCAAUUUCCGCUCUUAGGUGAUUCAAAUCAAAGGCUUUUUCUUUUCCUCCCCAGAGUUGUGUGCAACCAUCUUCCUCAUACUAUAGGCUUCUCAUGAGUUAUUUUUGGAAAUCCAAAUCAAAACAGCUCUUUUGGCAGAGGCCAUCUCUAGCCUAGCAGAGUAAGCCAUAUGUACCAGUAAACACAGCCAAAGAAUCGGUGCCUUUGAAAAGCACCAAAACCAUCUCCCUCUUUGUGGAUUAAAUUCUUGGGGACCAUAGACUAUCCUUUGUAUCAUCAUAUAUUCCUCUGUGAACUCUAAAGUCAAAGACAAUUGAAAUUACUUUAAAAUUACCAAAGUUUUGGGGUGCCUGGGUGGCUCAGUCGAGCAUCCAACUCUUGGUUUCGGCUCAGGUCAUGAUCUCAGCGUCAUGGGAUUGAGCUGCACAUGAGGCUGCAAACUCAGUGCUGAGUCUGCUUGGGAUUCUCCCUCUCCUGCUCCCCCUGUUCACAUGCUCUCUCUCUCUCUCUCUCUCUAAAAUAAAAGUAAAUAAAAUCUUAAAAAUAUAUACAUAUAUAUAAAUAAAAUUAUCAAAGUUUUGUCCAUUUGCAAAUGAUUGUCAUUGCCCUUUUAUUCAAGAUGGCAGGCCUUGACAGAAUUUUACUAGGGACUGUUUUGGCCUCUGGAUCUCCCAUGAAACACAGAAAUCCCUUUAUUUUCCCACUCUGUGCUGUUUCCUUCCUUCCCCAGAACACACGUAACCUACCUCAUUACAUGAACCAAGCAGACAAACCUCUCACCCAGUAUCAGUAAGGGCUCAUAUAGUAGAAUGGAUACAUAGAUGAAUGAAUAAAAUCCCAUUUCCCCCUUAAAAAAAAAAAAUUACACAAAUAGUAAAUGAAUGUUUUCAUCUUGGGGAAAAAAAACCUUUCCAAAUAAAGCUAAAGUUCUUUUUAAUCACUGGGUCCCUGUCCCUGUUUGUUCAUCAGCUCUGCUUGGGUUAUUACUUUGGAACACAUCCUUGUGGACCUUUCUAAUGUAUAUGCACACACACACACACGUGUGUGUGUGCGCAAGCACAUGGUGCUGUGUUUUUAGACCUUUGAUAAACUGACCACUUGCCUUUUACCCCUCAGCAAUAUAUCCAGGAGUGCUGUCCAUAUUAGCUGCCUUAUUCUUUGUAACUGCCACCUAAGUUUUAUUACAUUGUGUGGAUACGCCUUUUAUUCAAUCGAAUACAUAAAUUCUUUAUCUGUUCUCACGCUCAUCGUAGUUCAAGAUCCCUUCUCCUGUACAUGUUAAGAAACUAAUCAUGUCCACUGCUACCUUUGGUAGCUACAACACAUUUCAUGAAAAUCAGCCAGCUGCCUUGGAGAUUAUGCCGCACAGGAUCCCGUGAAAUGCUAAGGAUUGCCAAAGGGACCUGAAUUCCCUUGUCUGCAGAAGCCGGGGAGGUGCGCUGUGCACGGGCAAUUCCACAGGUCCGCGUAGAGAGUGACGUUAGAUACAGUGUUGGCUCUGCUCAUAGCCAGCUGAAUUUCCCUGGGCAGUUCAUUUCCUCUCCAUGGACCUUCAUUUUCUCAUCUGCACAAUGGACUCAGUGAGCCUUUUCCAGCUAUUAGACUCUGAAUAAUAGGGUUUACACAAUGCCCCAGGAUUCAUAUACAGAAUGUAUAAGCUGCUUCUCCACUAUGCGUCUAGAUGGGAGAGGGGCAAUUUUAGAACACAUUUUAAAUUUAAUUUUAAUUAAUUAAAUAUAUUUUGUUAUAUUUUAAUUAAAAUAUAUUUUAAAAAAAUUUUUUUAAAGAUUUUUUAUUUAUUUGAGAGAGCAUGAGCAAGAGCGAGAGCACAGGAGGGGGUGGGCAGAGGGAGAAGCAGACUCCCCACUGAGCAAGGAGCCCGACUCAGGGCUCGAUCCCAGGACUCUGGGAUCAUGACCUGAGCUGAAGGCAAACACUUAACCAACUGAGCCACCCAGGCGCCCCGAAAUAUAUUUUUAAAUUUUUAAUUAGAGAUGGAGCCUAGAGCUUUUAGCUGAGUAGAAGUCACAAAGUCCAGAAUGUACCGCCUUUGGAUCUUACUCUUCUUUCUGAUUACUUUAUUAUCCAAUUAAAAUGUAUGUAUUUUUUCCCUUUGCUCUGUGCGACCUUUUUGUUCUAAGCAAGGCCAUGUGGUGUUGGGGAAAGAGGUCAUGGACCCCCGAGUUCUGCUUCCAGGCUUAUCUAGUUCCAGCUGUGUGAUCUUAGACAAGUCACUAACCUCUGGAUUUCCAUCUAGUAAUACUACGAUUUCAAAUUAGCCAGAAGUCUGCUUAAAAAAAAAAAAAAAAAGGUAAAAACCACACUGACUUGUGUUUCAUCUGGCAUUUCUGAGCCUUGUCACCUGCAGAUAGUUCAUCUUGUGAAUUGAUGGGACACCCUAAAAGGCCACCAAAACCCCUGAAAUCACCUUUUCUCACAUGAGAAGUGUGCAGUUGCCAUAGCCCCUGGUGAAGACCUUCAGUGGGUUCCCAGGGAGGCCCAGAGCCAUGAGUCAUAAGUAGACUUUCCCCCCUGAGCCCCGAAGCUGGUGUUGAUGUGUAUCCCCUGCUUUGAGACGCAGGACCACACGGGUCACAGGGUGAUUCACCCACAGGCCGGGUUUCCCUCGGGGUCCCAGUCAGGUUUUCCCACGUGGGGCGAGAAUUCUGGCCCCUGGCCUUGGCAUUACACAUUGCUCUGGAGAUAGUGUGAUCGUGCAGGUGAAAGGUCGUGGUCCGUGGGUGUGAAAACUGUGUGGGUGCUGCACCCCGCAGCGUCUCUGGGAUUCGGUUUCCCUGCUCCCCACACUUUUUCACCCUCCUGUGAGCUUCUGUUUCUGAACAUCCCUUGGGGUCCGUGUCCCCUGGUUGAGCAGGUCUGUACGGGCUGAAGUCAGUCUGGGGAGCUCCUGGGGCCAGAACGUCACCUCUUCCCGACCUCGGCUUCCUGCCCUGCUCUAUCUUGAAGAGAGGAAAUGAGACCCUGCAGCAGGUGCUCAACCCAAGCUACCUUCCUUCCCCUUUCCCUGGACAACAAUUUUAUAGGCUCUGAAUCUGUAACAGUUUCCAAAAGCCUACCAUAAAUAGUGUUCACGUGAAGCAAAAUGAAACAAAAAGGCAUCUGGGUGAACACUAUCAGUAUGAUACAUAUCUUCACUUAGUGGGAAAAGGGACUGAUGGGUCCUAUUCCUUUACCAACCCUCACUCUCUCACAGUGAAAUUUUUCAGCAGGUGUCUUCCCCGUCCCACUCCUACCCCCCAUUUCAAUAAAAUACUUACAAACCUGCUUUGCAUUGUUACAGAUAAAUGCAGAGCAAGUCACACUGUCUCUCCCUAUAUUUGACCCUCCUCCAAGUGAUCGAUAUAGUUUUAAUUCACAGCCUAGAACCUUGAAGAAUGAGUCAACCUGACCGAUGAUUCACAGAUACUUGAUCUGAAAUGCUUGAUGUUGUGGGGGUGGGGUGGGAGGUAGAAUCAGAAAUAAAUUUCCUGACCCUAAAAGUCAGCAUAAGUGAAGAAGCAUGGGGUGCAGGGGGAGUGGGGGAAAGGGAUAGUUACCAUCUUGUAGUUUGUAGGGAUGGUUCCUGCCUUUGGGGAGAUGCACUGUGUUGGGAGGACUUAGGGUGACCACAGAGCUCCAGUUUAUGCCUGUCUAUACAGUUAGUGUGCUUUUCCACCAUUAAAAGUACCGCAGUGUGGAAACAUGGGGUUCUGGGCAGACUGGACUAGACUAAGUUCUUAAAUCAAGGUCAGAGGUUUUGCUUUAUUUAUACGUGCAUCCCCAGUGCCUGGCCUCUAGUAAACAGUUAGUAAAUAUAGCCUUGCUGGGUAGGUGAGUGAGUGAAUAAGAUUCUUAACCUUCUCUCUUGGUCUCUGUAUUUCUAUUUUCCAUACAUCUUUGUAUGCUCCGCAUCCCUAGGGUGACUGUACUGUGUUCUCAAUAGUAUCUUUUCCACUAAGCCAGAGCUUCAGAUGCCAGUUGCUUUGGUUGAACGUAUGCAACAGAAGCUGUGUAGCCCUGUAGUUUUCAGUGAGUUACCCAAAUGAUUUACAAUUUAUCAGAGUAGGAAGAACACUAACUUCCCUGCCUAAGCUGAUGAGCAACUGUGGUGGAACUGAAGCUGAUGCUUUUAUUAUUAGCUGUCUGGCUUUGCUACCCUUCUUGUCUAGAGGGUUUUCUUCCCUACCUAGAAGGUUCCUAGACCUUCAAAACUGUAUAUUAUAAUUAUAUAUUUAAAAUAUUAUAAGAAAUUAGAAAAAGAAUAAAAAAAGCUAUCCAUAAUAAUUUCAUUAUCAAGACACUAUAAGCCAUUCGUGUUGUUUUACAUAGUUAUCUUAGGAAGUUCUUCAUAGUUUCCCCGUGGGCAUUUUUCUGGAAGCAUUGUCCAUGUUCAGAACACUUUCAACCACCAUUGCUUAAUUUGCUUGUAUCCAUGUGUUUUAGUGAGCAAAUCCAGGUUGCUUACUCUUUCCCCUUCUGUAAAUGAACUUGUCCUUAUAGUAUGUCCUGUAUCUCAAGAGAAUCUCAAAAGUGGAAUCCUUGGAUCAAAAUACAUGAAAUUUAUUAAACUAUAUAUAUAUCUGCCUAACAAUAUAGAUAGAUAUAUUUAAAUUGAUAGACUUUAUUGUUUAGAGAAAUUUUAGGUUUAUAAAAAAAUUGAGAACAAAGUAGAGAGCUCCCUAUAUACCAACCCCCUUCCCCACCAUUUCCCAUAUUGUUAACAUCUGGCAUUUGUGUGAUGCAUUUGUUCUAAGUAAUGAAACAAUACAUUAUGAUUAACUAAAGCCCACACUUUAUAUUCAGGGUCCACUCUUUCUAGUGUAUCAUUCUGUGGAUUUUUCACAUGUGGAAAAUGUCCUUUACCCACCAUUACAUUAUCACAUAGCAUCGUUGCACCGUCCUAAAAAUACUCUGUGUUCCACCAAUUCAUCUGUCCCUAAUUCCUCCCAAACCUCUGGAAACCUCACUGAUCUCUUACUGUCACUAGAGUUUUGUCUUUUCCAGAAUGUCAUAUGGUUAGAAUCGCACAGCAUGUCGUCUUCUCUAUUUGUUUUCUUUCACUUAGUAAUAUGCAUGUAAGGCCCCUCCAUGUCUUUGUAUGGCUUGAUAAUUCAUUUCUUUUUAGUGCUGAAUCAUUUCCAUUGCCUGAAUGUACCCCAGUUUGCUUAUCUAUUCACCUACUGAAGGGCUUCUUGGUUGCUUCCAAAUUUUAGCAAUUAGAAAUAAAGCCAGUGUAAAUUGUGUGCAAGUUUUCAAGUGGACUUAAGAUUUCAACUCAUUUGGGUAGACACCAGGAGCCUGUGAUUGAUGCAUCACGUGGUAAGACUAUUUCUGCAUUGUAAGAAACUGCCAAAGCUUUAUGUGUUUUUACAUUUAUUCAGUGCUUAUAGUUAUAUUACCACCAACACAUUAAUCCUCAAAAUAACCCCUGGGUUGAAAGUUAUUAGCUUCACCUUCUGGUUAGCAUCAAAUUUUAUUGCGGAAAAGGAACUUUGAAGAUCUCUGAGCAUCUACACUUCCUGAUAGCAACAUCUGUCUCCUUGUCACUGCAUUUCCAUGACACAGUGGGUGCAAUAGGUGCUCAGUUAGUGCUCAUUACACAUUGACGAGUGAUAAAGGAAAAACCACUUCACUGUACAGAUAAGAACGUGGAGAUGCAGAAAGGAAAAGCAAGUUGCUUCUGCCAAACAGCAUUUUCCUAAUGGCAGAACCAAGGCUAAAAGCUAACUGUUGUGCUUUAUAGAUGGUGGAUGGACCCAUAUUUUGGGUGGUCAGGCCGUGGAUCACUAAAUUCAAGCAAGGCAAGCUUCUGGACUCUUGAAACCAUACUUAGUGUUAUAAUGAACACUUUCUCCUCACGUUCAAGCCCACCCACUAGUCUGUACCACCACCAUGUCACCCAGAGAUGCUCAAAGGAGUAUUUCAUUUGGGUACAAGUGCAUUGUGGCUACAAAGUCUCAUGGCAUUAAAAUAGCAACAGUAGUAAUAAGUGACAAUAAUAAUAAAGCCAAGAAUUAUUGGGCGCCUGGGUGGCUCAGUUGGUUAAGCGACUGCCUUCGGCCCAGGUCAUGAUCCUGGAGUCCCGGGAUCGAGUCCCGCAUCGGGCUCCCUGCUCGGCAGGGAGUCUGCUUCUCCCUCUGACCCUCCCCCUCUCAUGUGCUCUCUCUCAUUCUCUCUCUCUCAAAUAAAUAAAUAAAAUCUUAAAAAAAAAAAAGCCAAGAGUUAUUGAUUGCUUAGUAUUGUGAGGCUCUUUACAUAUAUUAUUUCAUUUACUCUUGCAGCCACCUUCUGGUUAGGUAUCAUUGCUAGCCACAAUUUAGAGAGAAGAAGUUUGAGGCUUAGGGAGACUGGGUAAGUUCCUCACGCCUCCACAGCUAUUAGUAAUAAAGCCAAAUGUGUGCCCAUCCAUUCCUGACUCACUCAACAAUGUACUAUGCCAUAGUUAAGAGCAUGUGACUUAGAGUCAGGCGGACCUGGGUUAAUAUUCUGGGACUACCAUUUUACCAGCCAUGCAAUCUCGACUUUGUGACUUCUAGCUGCAAAGUGCCCAUGUAAAAUGGGGAUAGUAAUACCUACGGUGACAAAUGCUGUCUGUUGUCUCCUCAAUGGCCAUUGUCUCUCCACUGCAUAGAACCAUGAUAGGUUCAGGUGGUAUCUAUCCCUGGGGCCUCAGGGAAGACAGGUUCCAAUCCAGCCUAAUGAGAUGAAUCAAGAUUGGUUUAAACCAGGUAUGGAGAUGGCAGGCAUGCAUGUUAUCUAGUUUUGUUAGGGAGCGGUCCUCUUCAAAUAAGGAGACAAAGUACCCCAUAGGGGAAGCUCAUUCUUAUCUUUUUUUUUUUUUCCUGCGGGGAUCUAGGGUAAGAUACCUGGAGGUGUAGCAGCCAUCUUGCAGGCAUGAGGUAACAAGUCAACAGACUGAAAUGCUGAAGCAGAAAAGAUAGGAAAAGCCUGGAUCUUUGAUAACACUGCAGGCUGUCCCCCCAGCCCAGGACAGAAGACUACCUCCAGACUUCCUGUAGUUGAAACAAGGCCUACUUCUUUAUGCCACUCCAAGUUGUCUUUUAUUUGCAGCUGAAAACAUUUUGAGUAUAUAUACAGAUUUCCACCAAAUCAGUCAGUGUUGGGCAGCUUAGUAUGGUGCUUAAGAGCCCAAAUUCCAGAGCCAGAAGUCCCAGGUUCUAAUCUUGGCUCUGCCCCCUUACUAGCUAUAGUGAUCUGGGCAAGUCACCUAGCUCCUCUGUGACUCAUGUCCUCAUCUGCAAAAUGCUCAUUAAAUGAGCAUUGAGUAUCGAAUGAAGGAUACUAGCAGUUCUUACUAUUAUUAUAAUGAGCAUUAAAUGACUUAAUGUUUCAUACGUGAUGAGAACACUACCUGACACGUAGUAAGUAGCUAUAUACCUGUUGGUCAAAAAGAAAAAAAAGUAAAAGAAAAGUAGCCACUAUUAUAGGCGUGGGUUUGCACCUUGAUCUAAUCAUUUGGCCACUUGUGGUAUUUAAAGAGCAUCUUGACCCUUUAACCACUGAGACUCCUAGAGCAUGAAACUCCCCCUAAAGUCUGUCUCAAAACAGUCGCAGCAGUGGUUUCUUUUUGACGGAAAAGGCCCCUUAGAGAACCAACCUGUGCAGGAGGAGGGGCUGUGGCUACCAAGUCGUGUCAUGGAGUGAAUGACCAAAAUACCCAAACUUGCCCAUGCAAAUAGGUGUUCAUCUCCCCAACAGCCCUUUUAGAAGUUUCUAGACUUUCUCAAACUCCUUUUUGAAAGGGUCUUUCCAGACAGUGGCUUACUCUCUUGAAUCUGAAAUCUUUCGGGGAGGGGGCGGUGGGGGGGUGGGCAAUGCCUGCUUUCCAGGCCCUUCUCUGCCAUGAGGACGAGACCCUUGGCCAGUGUGUGUGAGGGAGCUGCUUGACCUGGGUCUCUCACUCGCCACUACCCACGUUGUCACCUUCUGUAGAGAUCAGAUUUGAAUUUGGGCAAGGGCUAAACGUUUUUUGGAUACAUAUCAGUUGUGAGAUUAAAAGAUCAGCUGGUAAGAUGUGUCCAUUAGCACAUCCUGUGGCAUCUUCCUUCAAAAUGUAUGUCCGUUUCACCCCUUCUCACCCCCUCCACCAAUGAGAGUCCAGACCAAGCCACCUCCACCUUCUGCCUGGGCCACUGAGGGAGCGCGCCUCCUAACGGGCCUGGCUUCUACCCUGCCCUCCCUUUUCUCUCAACAGCCAGGGAGAUCUUUUCAAAAUAUAAACCAAAUCCUGGGAUCCACUUGCUCAAAACCCUUUAAGGGAGUUCCACCUCACCUAGAAUAAAAUCCAAAGUUCCUCUUGUGCCCUGUAAGGCCCUCCCUGAGUGGACCCUAGGCCCUCCCUUCCUUGUUUCUCUUCUUGUUUACCCUACUUUCCACACUGGCCUUCUUGCUAUAGACUAAACCUACCUGAGCGCAGGCUGGCCUCAGGGCCUUAGCACGGAAUGUUCUCCUUUUCUGGAACACUCUUUCCCCUGCAUACCUGACUCAUUUCCUCACUGCAUUCAGAUCUCUGUUCUGAUGUCAACUCUGACCACCAUCCCCCAACACAGCUGCCCCCAGCCCUCACUUUCUGUCAUUAUCCAUAGUUCUUAUGCCUUGCUGAUAUUAUUACAGAUUUGGUGACUUUAUGUGUCUCCCAUCAGAAUAUAAGCCCUGUGAGGAGAAUGGCAUUGUUUUGUUCAUUCAGAUAUCCACAGACCCCAGAAUUUUCUGCAACUCAUGUUCAGUAAAUAUUAAACUAGAUAAAGCCUCUCUCUGGGUAGAAACAAGGUUUGUCUGACCAAGUCCUAAGCCUGAGGUCUCUCGUGAACCUGCUAAGUUGGCCCUGAAUCUACAUCUCAGAAAGCUACUGAUAGGUUCUAAACAGUGGGAGCAACACCGGAUCCAUGUGUAACAUCCCAAAGCGAAGACUUCAAAAGUGAACGUGCAGGUGACCAGAUGAUCCCACCUGCCUUUUUCUAAAAAUCCUCUUCAUCACACUUAGUUCUUGUUCUCCCUCCCUGUGCUUCUGGACACCAGACAAGCCAUCUCACAUCUGGUGUCUUUGCACCAGGCAGAUGACGGUUCUCAUCUGUGAGGGUUUAAAAACGAAGUGAUCCUAUUCCUUGACAUUCUUCCCAUUGAAAGAUGGGAUUGAUGUCCUUUCCUUGAGUCUUGGUGAUGGCUGCAAGCCGUAGAGUCACAAAACGUCCUGCAGCUCCCUCCAGAUUGCCUUGGGGUACUCUUUCUGAGGGAAGCACUGCGACUACCUUGCUGAAGAAGCCACGUGUAGGUGCUCUGGUCUGUGGUUUCAGCUAAGCUCCCAGGCAGCACCCAGCGCUGGCCGACAGCCUUGCAAACCACCAUUUUGGAUGUUCAGACCAUUUGCACUUUCAAAUGACCACAGCCCAGCUGACAUCUGACUCCAAGGGCAUGAGAAACCCCAAGUGAGAACUGCCCAGCCCAGCCCUUCCCAAA